AUGAUGAAGCUUCUUUCCACUGCCAUCCUCCUCCUCGCCGCCGAGGCGCUCGCCUCCAAGGUCAACUGCUCCACCAAGUACACCACCGGCGGCUUCGAAAACAAGGCCGGCGGCACGAUCCCCGACACGGCGGACGAGCAGCUCAUGGCAGGCAUGGGAAAGAGGUCCGACAAUAAGUUCAAGGCCGCUCGCAGCUCCAAAGCCCCCAGCAUCAUACUCGUUUCCAGGACUGGGCCUGUCCUUACCAAGGGCCAGGCCACCGACACCGACAAGGAGGCCCAGCGGAGUUAUCUCCCCGACCUCAGCCGGCCGCAGCACCGCACCGCCGCCGUCGCCGCCGCCGCGCUGCUCCCCGUCGUGCUGCCCACCCUGUACGUCGCCUACCUCAACUGGGCCGUGCGGCGCGUCACCACCUGCACCGCCACCCCCCCUCCGCGCACCCCCUCCAGCCUGCCCAAGGAGGUCGCCGCGAACCCGGACGACUGGGUCGUCUCCUGCGAGCGCGUCGUCUCGCAGCCCCUCCCCGCCGGCACCCUCCUCCUCCCCCUCCGCACCUCCUCCGCCUCCUCCUCGACGCCGUCGCCGCUGCUCACCGCGUACCUGCGCACCACGUACCGCGCGUUCAGCUGGACGCCGCAGGCGCUGCUGAUCCGGGCCAUGCUCGCGGAGCCGGAGCGCAGGGCGAGCUUCGCUGGGGGCUACAUCGCGGGGCUGAGCUUUGCGCGCGGCGACGUGGUGGACGGCGUGUACCGCGUCACGAGCUACGAGGGCUGCCGUGGCGGUGGUGCGUCGGGGGAGGUGAUUGAGCUGAGCAUCGACGUGCCGCGGUCGUACCGGGGCCCGCCGGUGCGGGGGCUGAUCUUGUCGGCGGUGGAGGAGGAGGAGGAGGAGGAGGGGGACGGCGCGACGGUGCGGUUCGUGAAUGAGACGUGGCUGUGGCGCAAGAGGGAUGAGAAGCCGACGCUGCUGGAGACGCCCUUUGGGAGGUGGUUUCAUGGCUUGCUGGCGGGAUGGCUGGUGAUGAAGGGGUUGGGCGGCGUGACUCGCAAGUAA